CAGACAAUAUCUAAAAAACAAAAGGAUGGAAAUGGAACCCCAUUUGCAGGAGUCUCUCGCUCCAAGCCCACAGAGCAAACUGCUGCUUGAGUCUGCAGACGUCAUUUCUCAACUCAAAUCUGUCCCAAUAAUAUCUUCUAAAGGGCAAAAAAAAAAUAAAAAAUGAAAGCCCUGUUUUCCUCCUCGUCCCCCAAUUCCCCCCUGAUUACAGUCCCAAAAUGCACCACUUGCUUUCUCCCUCCCCUCUCGUUCAAACCCACCAACCCUGCUUGUCUCAGAGAGAAAAGCAGCAUGCUUUUCUCCAAGUUGGGCCCUCUACAGUGUACAGCUCCUUAUGAGGUUGCGGGAGGUUUUCCUGAUGCGGAUUUGGGUGUAAACAAAGGAGGUAAUAAUGGCGGAAGGGAUAAAAGUAAAGAGGAUUAUGAGGCCUUCCUCAAAGGAGGAGAGCAGGUCGUUUCUGUAAUGCAAGAAAUGCUCAAACUCUUGGAAGAUAUGAACAUGGAUGCGAAAUCAGAGGAAGUUGCGGUAGAAAUAGCUGCCCAAGGGGUGAUAGGGCAGAGGGUGGACCAGAUGGAGGCUGGCUUCUUGCUGGCUCUUGACUACAUGAUUCAGGUUGCUGAAAAAGAUCAGGAUGACCAGCGCAGGUCAAUCUUGGAUGUGAUCAAACAAACAGUUUUGUCCCAUCUGGCUAAGAAAUGCCCGCCUCAUGUUCAAGUAAUUGGUCUUCUUUGCCGGACUCCUAAAAAAGAUAGCAGAUAUGAGUUGCUUCGUCGGGUUGCUGGUGGUGGUGGUGUAUUUAAAGGUGAGAAUGGUGCAAAGGUUCAACUUCCAAAGGCCAAUCUAAAUGAUAUUGCUAACCAGGCUGAUGAUUUACUGGAGACAAUGGAAGCUAGGCCUACAGUACCAGAUCGGAAGCUUCUCGCAAGGCUUGUAUUGAUAAGAGAGGAAGCUAGAAAUAUGAUGGGUGGUGGGAUUCUAGAUGAAAGAAAUGAUCGUGGACUUAGUAUGCUUCCUCAAGCUGAGGUGAACUUCCUAACCAAACUAGUUGCAUUGAAACCGGGGGUUACUGUGAGAAAGAUGCUAAAGGAGGUGCUUGAAGGAAAAAAUGAAGGUGCAGACCACACAAAUGAAGAUACAGAUGGUGACAGCAGUGGGCAACGUAUGUCGAGUGGAAUUUUUCAUGGGGAAAGUAUGACAGGCCGUAAACCACGUCCUGUACGCCCAGGGAUGUUGCUAGAAACUGUUACAAAGGUCCUGGGUGGUAUAUACACGUCAAAUGCACCUGGUAUUACAGCCCAACAUUUGGAAUGGGUUCAUCAACAGACUCUUCAAAUUCUCCAAGAACUUGCUUUCUAGAUUGACAUGAGUUUUACCGUGAUACAAAGCUCUUCCUGGCCCAAUGUUAGUGCAAAAAAUUUGAAUCCUAUUUCCCUACAAGGUCAUAAGCUGUAUACUUUGUCCUGCUGAGCAGCACCGUCUACUGGGAUUGAGAUUCUGCUGGACUGUUGCUGAGGACGCACCAUGAAAGGGAAGAUUUUGCUGGUAUUCAUGAUCUUCUUGUUAAAAGAGCAUGUCUUCCAGGCUGCGAUGCCAUGAGUCAGCUUUGGUUAUGGUUUAUUUAAAAGAUCAAUAUAAUCCAGGACAGUUUUAAUCUCUCUCUAUAUGUAGAUAUAUAUUUGUGGUACUGUCGGCUAAUGUCAAAAUGAAUUCUGCUGGAAUUUAAACUGUUUUUAGUGCAAGUAGACCUGGGGACUUCUUCUAAGAGAAUAAUUACAUUGGCACCA